UCUUAUUAUCUGUGAAAAAUGUUAACAUUGAAGUUGUGUAGAUAAUUAAGGAAUUAGUCAAGAAAGAGUAAUAGUCAUUACAAUGGCCUUAUCAAAUUUUUCAUUACCAUUUGGCGCAUUGGCGCAAUCUGUGCAAUCGUGGGGUGCAACGGUCUCACCUCUACACAAUGUACAUCAGUUAGCUACGAAUACGAAUAAUUUACUUUAUUCACCUGCUGAUCAUCAACAACAAGAAGAUGGCAUACCACCACCUCCUGAGUCAGACUACUAUAAGAAUAAUCCAUAUGCGCCACCUCAAUUACAUCAACCUCAACAGCAGCCACCACAGCAGCCGUCAUCAUAUUCCUAUAAUAUCAAUAGCAACACCAAUAGUGGUAGUAGACGUAAAAGUAGUAAUACUUAUUUACCACCCAUACCCCCACCAGGUGCACGAAAUACACAAUUCCAUCACCAACAACUGCAACAGCAACAGCAACAGCAGCAAGAACAAUAUAGUCACUUAAAUGCUCAGCAACAGCAGCAACAACAACAACAGCAAGGUAGUAAUAAUAUUGCAUAUAAAGCAACUACAACAACCACAUCAGCUGCUGGAACUGUGACAGCUACGGCGACAUCUACAAGAACGUAUGGAGAAAGUUCUUAUAGUCGUUUUCCGACAGCAGCACAGAAUCAACAACAGCAACAACAACAACCAAAACAACAACAAUAUUUCAAUGCGUUUAGUGCCACACAAACACGAGUCUCAAAUACAGCUUCAUCAUCAUUUCAUCUACAGCAGCAGCAACAGCAGCAACAACAACAGCAGCAGCAGCAACAACAACAGGACCAACAACAACAAUUACAAAAGCAAACCGUCUCACAAGCCAAGUCACAAUUUCAACAAAAUUUUGGUAAUAAAAUUGAAACACCUGCUGCAAUUUAUGGAGCUGCUGGUGGUGGUGGUGGUGGAGGUGGUGGUGUCGGUGUUGGUGUUGGUGAUACUACGGCAAAUGAUGCCUACCCUGACCGUCCUCCAGGGUUUACGCGAGUACAAGCAGGACAAGGUACGCGUACACAAGUUCAUGCCGUACUGGAUUAUGACGCUGAGGAAGGUGAGGAUGACUACUACGAUGAAAAUGAUCACGGAGAGUUGGUUAAUAAAGAUGGCAGCAAAAAAUCUUCAAUGCCCACAGUAACACCAAUACAGGGUCCGAUAUUUUUAAAAAAUGGCAGUGUACCAGUAGUACCACUAUUCUCUUAUCCCACCAUGAACAAUGGAUCAUUUGUGCAAAUUCCGAUUUGGUGGACAGCGCUCUCUGUAGCUUUAGGUCUCGAUGUACGCGGUGACAUAAUAAAGGGCGUGCCAUGCAUAAAACGGUUCCAUCAGUUAUUCUGCCCAACGGCGGGCAACAGUUACCCUAUUGAAAAAAUCGAACGUUUCAUUGAUGACAAUAAAGCGCUAAUGCGGCGUAUGUAUGGCGACUUCGAAAUGGUACUUGAUAAUAAAGGGCCUCGACAGCAAACUAAAAAACGUAAAAGACGUUUUAUAGAUGAACCUGAUAUAUUUAUACCACCAGGAGCUUUUCCAGCAGUUAUACCAGAUGAUGAGACUCAUCCACAUGCCGAGGAAGCGGGUGAAAGUUAUUUUGGCAAAUUGCGAAAUAAACGACAGAGUUCCAAUCAAAAUCGGAACUCAAAUAAAAAUUCACAAAAUUUUGCACAAAAUGGACCUGGUAAUCCUGGUAGCACUGGUUCUUCAACUGGCAGACUUGAUGCUUGUGAAUCGAAAAUUGAAAUAGUGACACCAUAUUGGGCCUCGAACUCUGCGGGUAAAAUACGCGCAAUCGUGAAUACUCAGCACUUUGAACAAGCCAUCCAUCAAGAAAUAUGCUCAAAACCUCAAACUCCACGUUGUGAAAAUGAUUGCGGCUGUGAACAGAAAUACAAGUGGCAUCGUCUCUUGGCCUAUGAUCCUGACAACGAUUGUAAAGGCAUAUUUAUGGAUUGGUUUUUGUUCCCAUCUUGCUGCGUUUGUAGAUGCAAUCCUUAAAAUACGCCUAUAAAUGCGUUUGCAAGGAGGAAGUAACAGAAAUGAUAUGAAACCAACUUCAUUGCACCGAAAGUUGAUUUCGGUAACAAUUUAUAGACUUUAGUUUUAUCGAAAAGUUUGUUAAGUAUAAAUUGUUUACUAUAGAACAUAAUUCCAUGAUUCCUAGUAUAUUCUACCAAUAACGCCCUGUUCAAUAUACUUAAGUUAUGACUUAUUUUAAGAGAGUUAACAUCUGCCACAGACACUUCUCUAAGUGCCUCUGGGCAAAGGACAAUGAUUUAACUUUUAUGAACUAUUUUAGUUGUAGUUAUAAAAAAAAAUUAAAUUUAAUAAUAAAUAAAUAAAAUUCAUA